AUCAGCGACGAGGCCUUGGAAUUUAGUCGCGUGGCUGUUUCCAUUCUUUUCUUAGGGUUGGUCAGCCUAUUCGGCAUCGUGGCCAAUGUGUUUGUCAUUGCAGUACUGAGAAGACAAGGUAAAUACAAUUCACUGGAAGAAACCGUUGUUGCAUUUGUCAAAUUUCAAGUACGGUUCAUUAUAAAAUGAAGUUUUAAUAUAGUUGUCUGACAUUAUUGGAUAUCUUUUCGGCCGUACUUCAACAUUCGUAAUUAGUCAUUGGCAUGAAAUCGUCAAAAAUAAUAAGAUUAAAAAACACCAAAGGCUGGUCAUUUCAAAAGUUCCUUUAGUCCCCAAAGUCUAGUCCUUAAAAAAAAAGAGAAGAUAGUUUAGUUCCUAAAUGGUUAUCCUUUUCAAUGACUACUCAGUUAUUACUCAUUGUCCAGCAGGGGAUUAUUUACUCUUUUAGAAAAUAAAUUGAGCAAAGAGGAUUAAAGUUUUAAAUUAAUGUUCUUAUAUAAAUUCCCCCCCACCACCCCCGUUUCUAACACAGGAUUUCAAGAGAGCGUCAACAUUUCGCUGCUUGGACUGGCCAUAGCUGACCUGUGCUGCGUCACCCUGGCCCUCUGGUCGUCGAUAUGUAACAUUUUCCUCAUAGGGCAGCCACGUGACUUCUCAUUCGAGCCCUACAGCCUGCUGACCAUGACCGGGAAUUUGCCCAGAGUCAUCUUCUCCAGGGUGACGUGCUGGAUCACGGCGCUCAUCGCCCUGGAGAGGUGCAUCUGCGUCACCCUGCCUUUCAGGGUCAAGGUCGUGUUCACGCUGAAAACGACGCUCGCCGCCACGGUGGCCGUGUUCCUGGCCGUCCUCCUCGGCUACUUGUCCAUCUUUGAGUCGAGGCACUGGGCGACCAGACUGGACAGGACCUCGAACACCACCAAGUAUUACAUGGUCUUCUCCACCACCGACUGGACCAGUCACUUGACGUCGCUGUUGUUCCUGGCCCUGCCCAUAACAAAUAUUUUGACCCUCAUGAUAUGCACGCUGAUUCUAACAGUGAGUCUAAGCGCGUCAUCAAAUUGGCGGGAGAGCGCCCGCAGUUCUAAAAUAAAACGCGAAAAGAGGGCUAUAAAUCCCACGAAGGAGAUGAGGGUAUCAAAAAUGGUAUUGAUCCUUACUCUUAUUUUCAUCGCUUGUAACUUACCGAGCAACAUGCUCAUAGCCACUCGAACCAUUGUUCCAGAAUUCCAGGAAAUCGGGAAACUCCAAAAACUAUUUCGAGUCACGCACACCUUCGCCUUUCUACUGGAGACGACCAGCUCUUCGAUAAAUGUCUUUGUUUAUUAUAGAAUGGGGUCAAAGUUCAAGCUGGAGUUCUUAAAAAUGAUCACUUGUGUCAAGACACGUUGA